GUCUUUUACUACUUGAGUGCGAUGAAAAGGAAAAUGUGAAAUAGGAGACAUUUUGGUGCUGAAAAGGAAGAGUGUUGUUAAAAUACUGCAAAAUUAGCAAGGAUGGAAAGACUUCUGUGGUGGAGAUUAUAAAUUGACGUGCCGUGUAGUGGUCUCAGCCGUUGCUGGCGGAGCAGAUGCCACAUUUUAUGUUGACUCUCGAUAUUAAUGACGGCUCUAUUUCCUUUAUGCACUGGCAGGAGUAGUAAGAACCGUGUGCAACGAGGGUUGUAUAAACACGGCUUCCAGAUGUCACGGUAAAGUAUGGACGGGUGGAGCCCAAUCGUUGCAACAGCCUCGGAUAAUGAACGCUCCAGCUCCGAGGGAGAGUACAUGGUGGAGCCUGAACCCGAAGCUGACACCCAUGAGGCUGUGGACAGAGAGCAGCGGGGUAACGUGGAGGGGAUGGACGAAAGGGGCGCCGCUGCCGUCGGGUUUGGUAUAAGUGGGACUGGGGAGGGCAAAGUGGUGCUAGGUAGAGUCGGACAGCGAGACGACAAAGAACUCAGGUACCUGCACUUGUUGUGGGAGCCGGGACGAGCAGAGCUUAGUCCCGGUGGUGUGACGACCAAGCUGGGGAAGAUCACAGGGAGCAGGGCCAGGCGGCAGCACAGAGUUGUGCGGAACCUCGGUCCUAUUGGUAAAGAUAUUUAUGCUGUGAAAAGACUGAGGGAAGCAGCAAACAGCAAUGACAUUGACACAGUUCGAAAGCUCUUGCAAGAUGACAUAGACCCCUGUGCAGCAGAUGACAAGGGAAGGACAGCCCUCCAUUUCUCUUCCUGCAAUGGCAACGAAAGCAUUGUGCAGUUGUUGCUGAGCCACGGCGCAGACCCAAACCAGCGCGACAGUCUGGGGAAUACCCCCCUCCAUCUGGCGGCCUGUACCAACCAUGUGCCUGUAAUCACCACACUGCUGAGAGGAGGAGCCCGUGUGGAUGCCCUGGACCGAGCAGGCAGGACCCCCCUGCAUCUAGCACGCUCCAAGCUUAAUAUUCUGCAGGAAGGAGAUUCGCGCAGUUUAGAGACGCUAAGAGGAGAAGUCACACAGAUUAUUCAAAUGCUGAGGGAAUACCUGAACUUAAUGGGCCAGAGUGAAGCUAAAGAGAGGCUGGAGCACAUUUCAACACAGCUACAGCACACACGCACCAAAGAGCAGGUGGAUGAGGUGACGGAUUUAUUGGCAAGUUUUACAUCACUCAGUAUACAGAAACAGAGUUUGGGGGAUAGGUAGAAGAUAUGGUGUGUAGAGAGCUGAAGUCCUGCUCCCUCUCAAACAAGCCUCUACUCCACUAGUCUUGGCCAGAUGGAGAAGCAAAUUGGGGGGUUAAGUGCCUUGCUCGAGUGCACAACGGCCGUGUAAUGGGGGAGGCAUUAUCAAUUACUCCACCACAUCCAAAUUUUUCCUGCCAGUCCGGGGGGAUUCAAACCGGUCACCUUCCGGUCACAAGCCGCUUUUCCAACCUCUAGGCCUCGGCUGCCCCCAUACUGUACCUGUGGCUAAGUCUAAUAUGCUAACAAAAAACUAUUAUCUUGUCAUCUUUGUUGAAAUAAAAAGACGCUCAAAUAUUAAUUCCCAGUGUUGUGAUUUUGUAGGUAUCUUUUUAGCUUAUGACAGACAGAAAAGAUUAUCACAAAUUAGGUUUUCAUAUGAAGAAUAAAAGAUGCCCCAAAGGGAAAAAUACAUGUGGGACAGGAUGCUGGUGGAACAGAAGCUAACCCUGAAGUGCAGUGGGACCUCAGCUCUCUAUUUGUGUGUGUGUAUGUGAGAGUGUGUGAGUCACAGCUGUGUGCCGACAUGUUCUUUGCCUCUUUACGAUCUAAGUUUUGUGUUAAUUAUGAGACAUAUUUCUCAGAAUUGAAUAAACAGAUUGCACUGUUGUAUUUUUGGUUUAAUGAUCAACAGCUUCUUUGUAUCUUGUUGCCUUUUCUGUUGUACUGUGUGUUAUGUUUGUAUGUGAUAUGUAAAAACUAAUUUGACUGUCACUGAAAAUGGUUAUAUGUGAAUCAAUAAAUCAGUAUGUUUGGCUAA